AGAUCAAACAGAUGUUUUGGAGAGAGCACUGAUUUUUAACAAAACUUGUAAGGCAAUGUUUCCCAACCGAAGAAUCACAACUACUGUCUUUAAUGGUGAAGGGUUACAGAUCUUAGUAACCAGAUACAUCAAGGCACUAAAUCCACCUCAGCAAUUCCUGGAUAUGUUUCUUCAUGAUCCUAACGCAACACUUGACCUCAUUGCUCGCUUUGUAUCUUUGAUUCCUAUUGUGCCUGAUAUUCUGGAUGAAAAUGAUGGUUUUGACAUAUGGAUGACAUCAGAGGGACAAGUGGCUUAUGUAUUAACUCAAGAAAUUGAUGAAUAUUUGCUUUGGAAUCCAUUAACUGGGCAAUGUCAUAAGCAGUUUGACCCAUUUUGUCCCUUACAAAGUGUAGACUGUUUGUUUGAUGAUGGAAAUGUCUGGUUUAAUAUUCAACAAAACAAUACACCGAUGGCUGUACAUUUUGACUAUUCAAAGGAAAGUUUCUGGAAACAGUUGCUUCCAAAAAAUUUCCAAGGGACAAAAGCACAUACCAUACAGCCUGAAGAAAUUAUUUAUUGUGAGACUAAUAAAAGCAUGAUAGAAGAUCUAAAGAACAGGAUUGAAAGGACUCUGAAAUGUAAAAUGAUGGAAUGGCGACCUAAACAGCCGACACGUUGGAAUCGACAAUGCACUUAUAUUUUGCGAAAAAUCCUUCCUAAACUAGAACUUGGCACUGGAAGCUUUGUUUCAUCUGAAGAAGAGAGUGAAUUUGAAAGACUACUACAAUUUUAUUGGGUCACAGGAUUUCCUAUCCAGAUGCCUUACACUGAUUUACAGUCAAUUAUUGAUGCUGUGUAUCAAACUGGAAUUCAUUCUUCUGAAUUUCCCCAGACAGAAUUUGCUCUGGCUGUAUACAUUCACCCAUACCCAAACAACGUAUUGUCUGUGUGGGUCUAUUUGGCUUCCUUAGCUCGACAUCAGUGAAAAGGAAGAAGGGAAAAGGAAAAAAAAAAAAGUGCUAUGGGCCCCUUGCCCAGAACAAUCAAGACUUUUCUGGUACUUUAGGACUUUGCUACUUAUCCUCAAGUUCAGUCAAGUAUGAACCCAAGUUUUGGUUCUUUUAUAGAGUUGGGCACCACGGAGACUCACUCCCUGAGCCUUUGAGAAUGAGUGUAAAUGACCUCCCCACUGGAGACCUCUUCAAGGAGAACACUUUGGGUAGUCUGGUGGCCUUGGGUCACUGUCUACAGUAGGUCUUAUUAUGGGAAAGAAGUGAUUCUGGCCCCUCCCUCUGAAGCCAGUAUUACUCAGGCUGUAGGCCUCCACACCACCUCCGUCACAUCACCUGGGGAGGCUUGUUGAAAAUGCAGACUCCUACAUCCCGCCUAAGACCUACUGAAUCGGAACCUCUGGGAGUGAAGCUCCAGAACCCACGUUAUUGUAAACAAGACCCCCAGAUCAUUCUGAUGACCUGUUAAGAGUGAGAACCCUGCCUUACAGAAUGAGAACCCUGCCUUACAGAAUGUUGUCAUUACCAGUGUGAGCUUGGCACGUUUGAUGCUGGUUCUGAUGCCAUUCCAGGUGGAAGGUAUUCCAGUACGAACAUGAGGUCAUAGCCUCUCAUAAGAUAAAAGAUUAUUGCACUAGUGAAGUCAAAGGAAAAUCUGCCAUGUUGGGCUGAGGGCUGAGGCCAGCUUCUGGGGGCUUCCUAAAAGUUUUCACUUGGGAUGCUACUGACCUGAAGUUCUUCCAGCUCCAACUAUUUGGAAGGGUCUCCCAAGAAGCUCUGUUUGAUAUGCUUUCCUGAUUCUGUGAGAAAGGGAAAAAUGGUCUUACCAAAUCUCAAGGCUCCUUUUUCCCUUAGUGAACAGCCUGCCAUCCUGCCUCUGGCACUUUUCUGCUGCUUUCCUUACCCCGUGGAGGGGGCGCCAAGGAGGCCCAUCUAGAUCCUAGGAGCCUUGAGAGAGAGAGUGGAUGGGGACCUGUGUCAGAAACGCUACACUUUCUUCUCUUUAAUUAUUCUGUGCUUCACAGAAAAAAAUAUACACUUUACUUAAAUGUUACAGAACAACUUAUUUUAGAAAAACCAAAGGAUAUAGACUUCCAAAGGUUGAUGAGAGCACUUUUAUAGGAGGUAAAACAGGAGAAAGAAAAUUGACCUCUCCCAGUGCAGGAAUGCGGGAUCUUCUUGGGUCACUCUCACAAGUAGAGACCCCAGGUUCAUCUCUGGGGAAUCCUCAAUCUGAAUUCUCUCCUGCAAUGCGCCUUCAUGGGCUGAUGCCAGAGAAGACCUCAUUUAUUUUCAGUGAUGUUUGUCUUGGACCAAACUUGAGAUUACUAGGAGAGUAAAAUAGUAGGGAUGUGGGUGAAGAGAAUGCUUUCUCUCCAAGGUUAAAACCUAAUCGUGUGUGUUCUCUGGCAUACAUAUGAAGAUUAAUUAGAAUUUUUGUUCUUAUUUGAAUGUUUGUGUUUAAAUGCUGUAUGAAGUUUUGUUAUUAACAAGUCUCCCACAUUGAUUGGGGUAGCACGAAAUGAUGUCAAUGGAAAGACAAGGUUACCAAAAAAAUACUGAACUCAUGCAGUUCAUUUCUGUGGCACCUUCAAUAUUUACAUUACUAUUUUGCUAGUUGUUUAUGGUUUUGGAAUUGAUAGGCCACUCAUGAGUAAGGGAGAAAGUGUUCUUGGGCAAGCAUA